AGUUAAAUUGGAACACUCCGGUCUUUAGUGAAAAGUGAAGGUUUACUGAAUUAUGUAUAGUGAGCGAUAAUCAGUUACCGGGAGACCCUGAGACUGCAUAGAAAACCCAGAGUAUCUGCGGGAAUUCCUGAAUUUAGGCAGCUAUGACGUAACAACCAGGCAUACAGCGUUCUCCGACACUACCAACAUGGCGCCUGUAAGGUGUAGGGUGCCCUUACCAGUAUGGCGUCACGGUAACCCCGCGUUAGGGUGGGAGCUGUGCUCUCGCGAUAGUUCAGGGGGUUCCCUGUUGCUGUGGGGAUACCGAAAUCGCGUUCGAGAGUUAAAAUAUAUACAACACUUAUUUAUUUUUAUUUUUAAAGAAAGGUUUUUAAGUUGAAAAACGUCCAUUUCCAGGACGAAGGAGUUGUAAGAGAUGUCCGACAGCGAGGACAGCGAUUUCUCUGACAAUCAGAGCGAACGCAGCAGUGAAGCCGAAGAAGUCGAGGACAAUGAGGAGGAGGGGGGCAGAGGCAGCGUGGCCGGCAGUGACAAAGGGGAUGAGGAGGUAGAGGAGGAAGAUGAGGAAGAAUACGACGAAGAGGAGGAGGAGGAGGAGGAUGAUGAUGACCGGCCGAGGAAGAAGCCCAAACAUGGGGGCUUCAUCUUGGACGAGGCCGAUGUCGAUGAUGAUUAUGAAGAUGAGGAUCAGUGGGAGGAUGGAGCAGAAGACAUCUUGGAAAAAGCAGAACAAGCAGAAGUUUCCAAUAUCGAUCAUGUCGUGCUUGAUGAUGAUCACUCUGGCGCUCGCAGGCUGCAGAAUCUCUGGAGAGAUCAGAGGGAAGAAGAGCUGGGAGAAUAUUAUAUGAAAAAAUAUGCCAAAUCCUCAGGAGGCGAGCAUUUCGAUGGGGGCUUGGAGGAGCUUUCUGAUGACAUCACUCAACAGCAGUUGCUACCAGGUGUCAAGGAUCCUAAUUUGUGGACAGUGAAAUGCAGGAUUGGGGAGGAGAGAGCUACAGUGAUCGCGCUGAUGAGGAAAUUUAUCGCCUACCAGUUUACAGACACGGUACGUUUUACAGAAAACAUUUCUUAUUUUGGGGCAGCUGCUCGACCCUCCUAUUAGGAGGGGGUGGAUAUC